UAGCCAUUUUUUGUACUUUAACACUUACUACCCAGGAACAAAAAUCAUGUUACAUGGUGAAUUUUCAACGAACUCCAUCGAUUCCUCAGUCUCCCACCGGCCAGCCCCGCCCCUCGCGCCCCCUCCCCCGGGGGACCCCGCCUUGCCCCCCGUGUGCUGGGUUGCCAUUCCACAUUCCUGCUCCGCACCCUCAAACCGCCACAGUGGGACUCCUUCCACGUGCCGCUUCCCCCUCCGCUGCCCUCCGCUGCCCUUCGCCCCUCGUGGUCCUCAGCCGCACUGCCUCCUCCCCAGCUGCUGCCCUCAGCUGCCCGCUCCUGCUGCUGCCCCUCUUGACCCCCCCUCCCUUCCGGCAUGGGCUGCGACCCGGGUGUGGACGUGAGAUGCUGCGUGAAAUGGACUCUCUUCUUCUUCAACCUCGUCUUCUGGGUUGUCGGGGCGUCGCUGGUUGCAGUCGGAGUGUAUGCGCGUACGGAGAAACGAGCCGCUGGCUCCGUGGGCUCCCUGGUGGGGGACCCGGCCGUGCUGCUCAUUGUGGUGGGGGCUCUCACCUUCCUCCUCGCGUUCUGCGGCUGCGUGGGGGCCCUCAGGGAGAACACGUGCCUCCUGUACACGUUCACAGGGACGCUCUGUGUGGUGUUCACGGCUCAGCUCGCCGCAGGGGUCAUCGCCUUCAUCUUUAAGACCAAGGUGCGAUCGCGCGUCACCUCGCUGGUGCACGCCGCCAUCCAGGAGUACCGGGGAGACCACGACCUGCAGAACGCCAUCGACUACAUGCAGAGAGAGUUCCUGUGCUGUGGGGCCCUGAGCCGCCUGGACUGGAAUCGGAGCCGGUACUUCCAGUGCUCCGCGGACAACCCAAGCCCCGAGCGCUGUGGGGUCCCCUACUCGUGCUGCGUGCCCAUCCAGGGGGAGGUGGUGAUGAACACCAUGUGUGGCUAUGGAGCCCAGUUGUUGCCGGACGGUAGCGGUGGUGGCGGCGGUGGUGGUGGGAUCGGUGGUGGUGGCAGCGGUAAUGGCGGUGUUGUGGCCAGAGCCCCGGUGUUCACCGAGGGGUGCCUGGGCCGCGUGGAGCGGUGGGUCGACUCCAACCUCCUGCUGCUGCUGGGCCUCGCGUUCGGUCUCGCCGUGCUGCAGCUCAUCGGCAUCAGCCUGGCUUGCGCGCUCAUCGCCUACGUCAAGAGGCUGCAGCAGUUGCAGCAACUGCAGCAGCAACAGCUACAGCAGCAGCAUCUGCAGCCGCAGGAUAUGAAGCUGAUGAUGGAGCAGGUGGACUUGUAGGUGACUCGUGCAUCGCUCAUCAGGGCGGUGACGCAGCCCAGUGGUAGUGCACUCGCCGCUUGUGGGCAAAGGGUUUACACGGUUUGAAUCCAGCGGCCACCCCGGUUAAUACUCUGGUGUGGUAUUAACCAUUCAUAGGAAACACUCCACGCAAAAUAACAGCUGCGAUGGGGAUCGAACCCAGGCCCUACUUGCUUAUAACGCGCCAACCCGGCACCCACAUGAAGCCAUCACCGCACCUCACCACUACUAACGCGCUCUGUCCGCUCGAAUCCCACAGCGAACUCCAAGAUCCGCCCUGACGGCCUACCUGCACCAUCUGGCCUUAGAUUCGCAUCGUCACCCACACACUCGAACAGAGACCAUCCAUAGAACUACCCUGACAGUCUCCCACACCGACAGACUCGUAUAGGAACCUAUAGACUUACAGAGAGACCCACAGACUUGCUAUGUGUGUAUAGCAGAUAUAGUGUACGUUGCGGUCAUAGUCCCCUCCUGCGAAACAUUUGUCAGAACCCUCCUGAAACAGUUUUGAGGAUCGGUGAGACUGUGCUGGGUAAACGAGGGUCAUAAUACUUGAGUGUAAAGUUUAUUUGAUUCGUUACACGGAUGAUCAGGUUUCGCCAAUUGCCCAGGUAUGUUGCACGGGUGAUCCGUGGUUCGUGAGAACAGUAGCAGGAGCAGCGAAGACAGAAGCAUCGACAUUGCAGACACGGGGGACACGGGGAAUAUUGUACCACUAACAAACGGGGCGCUUGACG